CAGUUGUCAUGUUCUGUGGCACCUUUUCAUGUAACAGUCAUGGAGCGUUAAGUCACUAUAUACUAAUAUUGCCAACCUUAACAUACAAUAACGAACAAAAUUCUUAUAGGAAUAAUAGAGAUCUUUAACUUUUAUAUUAUGUACAUUAUUUCCAGCCAAUUAGAUGGAAGGUCAAAAAAUUUCAAACUUAAAUUCGUCAACGUCUACGUUGACCAGUUACCAGGAUUUUCGGUGUUUGAAAAGUAAAUAUCCUGGAAAGAAGUUUUCUUUAUAGAAUUAGUUAUUUAAAGAAUUGUGAAAGAACUACUGGACCAGAUAAACGUUUAAUUACACGAAAUCGUGUAAAAAUUGCAGCUUAAGUGCUUGCUACUUAUUCCAAAGAUUGUGUUUGAAUAAUAUCCACCUUACGGUAGUUUGUUGUAAUACUUAUUUGAAAAUUUAAUCCAUGAAUUCAAAUUUUUUUGAUAUGAUGGAGAACUGUUGUGCUCCACAGUGGGCAGAUUUUACAUGUAGUCCUCAGGUUUGUUGUGAUAGUUAUUUCGAAAAAGAACACGAGGUGCACGAUCCUCAAAUACUUUCGAAAUCUACCAUUGAUUCCACUCCAUCUUCCUCACGUACGCAAGAAAGCAGAACUGAGCAAUCUGUCAAUGAAACAAAGUUUGAUGACAGUUUAGAACCACAAACUCCUGCACAUUGUAAUAUAGCAUAUUUUAUACCUCAUGAAAAUAAAAUGCAUUCUAUAGAGAAAGUUAAGGAAGAUGAUCAAUUAGACAGAGCUAUGAAAGACUUAAAGCUAGAUGAAAGGUCCAGCAAAAUUCAUCAGACAUGGAAUAUAUCAAUAACAGAUCUGACCGCUGAAUUUAAAGUAUCAAUGGCAAAUCAUAAAAUUAAAAAGGAUAUGCCUGAGAGGAUUAAGCAGCGCAUGUUACAGGCAAAGAACACAAUUCUUGGUAAGUCUUCAUUGAAAGAUGUUCAGGCAAAUAAUAUGGAAAAAAAAAGUACUUUACAAACUGCAUUUGCAAAAAAUAAAGAUAAAUUAGUAAUAAAAUCAAAAGUUGAUACUUCAGCAAAAGAUAAUCUUUCAGAGAAGAGAUUAUCUUAUAAAAUUGUAUCACUUUCAAAAAGAGAAUCUAAUUUAUUUAAUAAGAAACGACACUCAUUGGGUAAAUCACAACCAAAGGUACUUACUUGUCAAUAUGGUAUAACAAAGAUGAUGAAGAAUCGAAAACGUUCAAAUCAGUUCGUAAGUUUAGCAGAGGCGAUUUCUAAGUUUCAAAAUGGAACACCUCAGAGAUUCCGUACUCUCAGUAACAAGGAUAUGAAACCUGGUCCAUUGAUGAAAUUGAAACAAUUACCGAUGAAGCUUACUUAUCCAGUUUCUCCUGCAUUAAGAUGCAAACAGAGAAGGAGAAGAGGUAAUAUCUUGAGUCAGCAAGAAAGAGAAGAGUUGGAGUUUGAAGAAAUGAAGAAGCAUCAAAUCAAAGCAAAUCCUGUACCAAUUAAUAUCUUAAAGGGUCGUUCAGUGUUGAAAAAAAUGCCUAAAAAACCAACUACAGUUACGGAAGAGUUUCAUUUGACUCAGUCUAAGAGAAUACGUCAUACAGCAGGACCAUCCCUAAAUUUGCAACAGAAUACAAAUGCCAAGGAACACAAAAAGAUUGUUCCCAUCACUCCUUCCACCAGUAGCUCAAGUGUUUCCUCUAAGAAGGGAAAUCUCUGUGUAGAAGUUGUUGCAGAUGACACAAAGGACACAAAAUUCAAUUCUAACACUCGCAACAAGGAAUUUCAGAUAAAAAAGGAAGAAAAACUGAAAAAUUGUCACACUCAGGAAGUAAAUAAAGUAAAGACAGAGUUUCAUGCAAGACCCGCACCUAAAUUUCUAAAGCCAACAAAUACAGUUAAAGAGCAAAGUUCAAAAAGGAGAACAAUAGCUACAUGUCCAUUUAGUUUUGAAGAAAGAAACAAAUUUCUUGCUAAGAAGAAAGAAGAACUUAUUAAACAGUUGGAGGAACAGGAUAAAAAGGCUAGAGUAUUCCAUGCCAAUCCUGUUCCAAGUUUUAAACCUGUUGUGAUUCAUGGUUUAUCUAAAGAUAAUAUACGAAGCAAGGACAAGGUAAGUGGCUCUAAGGAACUUGGAACCAGACAAAUAAAAAGUUACAGUAACCAAGAAAAUAAGCAGCCUAAUAUUAUGAACAAUACAUUAACGGACAUAAGCACUAGAAAGAAGGUGACAAUAAAUAGAACCAGCACAAGCUUAAUAGAUACCAAAAAUAAAAAAUUAAACAAUGUCCAGAACAAGGUUGGUAAAGUUGAAUUAAAUACAAUGAAAAGAGCUCAAAAAAGGAACGAAUUUGAUGACAAAAUCAAGAAGAGGGAGCAGGAAUUUGGAGCAAAGAAAAUGCAGGAAGAAAAGAAUAAAUUAUUGAAAGAAAAAAUGGAAAGAGCAGAGUUGCGCAAAAUGGCAGAGGUGAAAGCUAGACCAAUGCCAGUAUAUAAACCUAUAAAUAUUGUAAAAUCAACCAAGCCUAUAACCAAUCCACAAAGUCCUGCAUUGGGAAUUAGAAACAAAGCAAAAGCCGUUUCUUAAUUUUAAUCAACAUACAAUAUACAAGUUAAUUAUGUAUUGACUAUAUAUAAACUUAUCAAGGAAGAUAUAAACCCCACCUACUACAAACAUGCACACAUUUAAGUACCGAAGGUCAAGCACACUUAUAGCAACAAUACUAUCUUAUUUUAUUUCCUGUUAAGGCAACGAAUACAGUUU